AUCACUAGCAUAGACGUGUCACGUCAGCCGGUUUGACAUUUGAAAUGUCGAUGUUCUUUGGCUCUUUGCGUUUAGUUUCGUUUAAAAUAGAAUUAUAGUGGUAAUACAAAUAAUUAAAGUGAAUAAUCGUUAGAAAUGCUGACGAAAUUUGAAACAAAGUCAGCGAGAGUGAAGGGUAUAUCGUUUCACGCGAAGAGACCAUGGGUUUUAGCGAGUCUCCACAAUGGAGUGAUUCAGCUGUGGGAUUAUCGUAUGUGUACAUUAUUGGAGAAGUUUGAUGAACACGACGGUCCAGUACGUGGUAUAUGUUUCCACAUACAACAGCCAUUGUUCGUUUCUGGUGGAGACGAUUAUAAGAUAAAGGUAUGGAAUUAUAAGCAAAGAAGAUGUCUUUUUACAUUGCUUGGACAUUUGGACUACAUCCGAACAACAUCCUUCCACCAUGAAUACCCUUGGAUCUUAAGUGCAUCUGAUGAUCAGACAAUAAGAAUAUGGAACUGGCAGUCGAGACAGUGCAUCAGUGUGCUGACAGGUCACAAUCACUAUGUGAUGUGUGCUCAGUUCCAUCCAACAGAAGAUCUACUUGUAUCUGCAUCUUUGGACCAAUCAGUUAGGGUUUGGGACUUCUCAGGGUUAAGGAAGAAGAGUGUUGCCCCCGGACCAUCUGGGUUAGCCGAACACUUGAGAAACCCACAAGCGACAGACUUGUUCGGACAGGUAAUGGCUGAUGCUGUCGUAAAACAUGUUUUGGAAGGUCAUGACCGUGGUGUUAAUUGGGCUUCCUUCCACCCCACAUUACCACUGAUUGUUUCUGCUGCUGAUGACCGUCAAGUGAAGCUUUGGCGUAUGAAUGAUGCUAAGGCAUGGGAAGUGGACACAUGUCGUGGACACUACAACAACGUCUCUUGUGCGCUGUUCCACGCGAGACACGAACUUAUCCUAUCUAACAGCGAGGACAAGUCGAUCAGAGUAUGGGACAUGACUAAACGCACAUGCUUGCACACAUUCCGAAGAGAACAUGAACGUUACUGGGUGCUCUCUUCUCAUCCUACCUUGAACUUGUUUGCCGCUGGUCACGAUGCUGGUAUGAUCCUGUUCAAGCUGCAACGUGAACGACCAGCAUAUGCGUUACAUAAUAAUAUGCUCUUUUAUAUAAAGGACAGACAACUGCGCAAGUUGGACAUGUCUACGAACAGAGACGCACCAGUUAUGCAAAUCAAAGGCGGCGGUCGGCAUCAACCAUACAGUAUGUCGCUGAACCACGCGGAGUGGUGCGUGCUGGUGUCGUGGCGCGCGGGAGACAGCAGCUCGUACGAGCUGUACGCCGCGCCGCGGGACGGAGCCGAGCCCGCCGCGCCGCCCGAGCCGCUGCGCGGACACGCCGCCUCCGCCGUCUGGGUUGCGCGCAACCGCUUCGCCGCGCUCGAGCGGAACAACCAGCUCGUGAUAAAGAACCUAAAGAACGAGGUGUCAAAGAAGAUAGCGACGCCGACCUGCGAGGAGAUCAUGUACGCCGGCACCGGUAUGCUGCUGCUGCGCGAGCCGGACGCCGUGCAGCUGCUGGACGUGCAGCAGAAGCGCACCGUGGCCAGCGUGAAAGUGUCCAAAUGUCGCUACGCUAUUUGGAACGCGGACAUGUCUCUCGUGGCCCUCCUCGGCAAGCAUACCGUCACAAUAUGCACGAAGAAACUGGAGCAGCUCUGUUCCAUCACCGAGGGGGCCCGAGUAAAGUCGGGGGCCUUCGACGAUUCCACACCUCAACCGGUGUUCAUUUAUACGACAGCGAACCAUAUCAAGUAUUGUUGCAAAGAUGGUGACUACGGUAUCAUCCGCACACUGGACGUGCCCGUGUACGCAGUGAAGGUGAUCGCCAACGAGACCGGUGCCAGGGUCGUGUGUCUGGACCGAGAGGCGAGGCCCAAGGUGCUCAAUAUCGACCCCACGGAGUACAGGUUCAAGUUGGCGCUGGUGACGCGUCAGUACGACCAGGUGCUGCACAUGGUGCGCACCGCCAAGCUCGUGGGGCAGAGCAUCAUCGCCUAUCUGCAGGAGAAAGGCUACCCGGAGGUGGCGCUGCACUUCGUGAAGGACGCGCGGACGCGGCUGUCGCUCGCGCUGCAGUGCGGGAACAUCGAGGUGGCGCUGGAGGCCGCCAAGAGCCUGGACGAGCCCGACGCCUGGGACCAGCUGGCGCAGGCCGCGCUCGCCACCGGCAACCACCAGAUUGUAGAAAUGUGCUACCAACGCACCAAGAACUUUGAUAAGCUCUCAUUCCUGUAUUUGAUCACCGGAAACUUGGACAAAUUACGCAAGAUGAUGAAAAUUGCCGAGAUAAGGAAGGACGUGUCUUCCCAAUUCCAAGGUGCUUUACUAUUGGGUGACGUCACUGAGAGGAUCAGACUAUUGAAGAAUGCUGGGCAGCUAUCCCUAGCUUACCUCACAGCUAUCAAUCACAAGCAGUUAGAGGAAGCAGAGCAGCUAAAGGCGGCUCUAGAAGCAGCUAACUUGCCAGUUCCAGAAGCAAACCCAGAUGCAGUGUUCUUGAUGCCACCUAUACCUGUACAGAAGGCUCAGCCCAACUGGCCCUUGCUGGCUGUUUCUAAGAGUUUCUUCGAAGUGGCCGGAGCGGCGCGGGCGGCGGGCGAGGCCGGCGUGAGCGGAGUGGCCGCCGCCGCCACGGACGAGCCGCUCGAGGCGGGCGGCGCCUGGGGGGACGACGACGAGCUGCAGGGGGACGCGGAAGAGCCUGAAGAAGUCAUGGAGGAUGCAUGUGACGAUGGCGGCUGGGACGUCGGAGACGAGGAUCUAGAGUUGCCCGAAGAAUUGGCUCCAGUUCAACCGGACAUCGACGGCGGCGAGGAGUCGGCGGAGUACUUCGUGGCGCCGACGCGCGGGCAGGGCGCGGCGCUGGGCGCCAAGCUGCGCACGGCGCACGACUACGUGGCCACCGGGCAGUUCGAGAUCGCCUGCAGACUGCUGAACGAGCAGGUGGGCAUCGUGCAGUUCGCGCCGUACGCGGACACGUUCCUGAGCAUGUUCGCGCGCGCGCGCCUGCAGUUCGGCGCGCUGCCGCUCGUGGCGCCGCUGGUCGCGCACCUGCACCGCAACUGGAAGGAGGCCAGCGGGCGGGACCUGCUGCCCGUGCUCACUGUGAAGCUGAAUGACUUGGUAGCCCAGCUGCAGCAGUGCUACCAGCUGACCACCAGCGGCAAGUUCACGGAAGCGAUCGAGCGACUGCAGCGUUUAGUGCGCGUCGUACCGCUGCUACAGCUGGAAACUAAGCAGGAGUUGGCUGAAGCGAUGCAGUUAUUAGCCAUCUGUAGGGACUACCUGCUGGGACUGCAGAUGGAGACAGCGAGGAAAGCGAUGCCAAAAAAUACCCUUGACGAACAGAAACGAACAUGUGAAAUGGCCGCCUACUUCACUCAUUGCAAGUUGCAACCCGUCCACCAGAUCCUGACCCUCAGAACAGCUCUCAACAUGUUCUUUAAACUCAAAAACUUCAGAACGGCUGCGUCCUUCGCCAGGAGGCUCCUGGAACUCGGGCCGCGACCGGAAGUGGCGCAGCAAGCGAGGAAAAUCCUACAAGCUUGCGAGAAAACACCGACAGAUGAACAUCAGCUUUUGUAUGACGAACACAACCCCUUCAAUAUUUGCGGAUUAAGUUAUAAGCCCAUUUAUAGAGGAAAGCCAGAAGAGAAGUGCUCCCUGUGUGGUGCCAGCUUUAUGCCAGAACAUAAAGGGAAGUUGUGCCCCGUGUGUGGGGUGGCGGAGAUUGGUAAAGAUGUAUUGGGACUAAGAAUCUGUCCCUUGCAGUUCCAGAGAUAAUUUGUAUAUGUAUUAUUGAAUAAUAUAUUGUAUAAGACUUAUGUUAAAUAAAAUUAAUAUUAUUAUAUCGCC